GCGUGGGCGAGCUGGCCUGUUUUAAAUGCCGUGGGUGAUAAAUGAACCUUAUAGCCUACAGUAGUUGAUCAUCACUGCUCCAGUUUUCUCUCAUCCUCUUCCACCUGUUCCGUUCUCACGCUCGCACACUGAUGCCUCAGAGACUCAUUUGGACUAUUAUUGAUUGAUUGGAGUAUUUCGGAAGAAGAAUAUGCAUCGUUUUAUCAGAGGGAACGCUUGUGGGAUGCGUGACUGACGGAAGCUGGGCUGGAGGAACGUCUCCUGACAAACUUAAUGGACUGUUAGUGUGAUGAAGAGAGUCAUUUUCUGGACGACACACUCGAGUAAAGAUCUGUUUUUCCAACACAAAUUGAAGUAAACAUCUUUUUUUUAACGCGGGAUUUAUUCAGACGAACGGAGGACACGGUUUUACGCACGGAACGGUUUUAGCGCUCAAGUUUGCGGUUGGAUUAAAGUGAUAUUUUAUUUGUUUUGUUUAGUUUUUAUUGUAUUUUGUUACUUUUUUAUAUAUAUUUUUUAAUAUGAAUAUAUAGUAUUUUUUAUUUUUAAAAUUGAAUCAGUAAGAAUAUAUAUAUAUUAUUUCGCACCGUUUGGAUGUUAUUGUAUUUAGUUUAUUCUCUUAAUAUCAAAUGACUCCUGCAGACUCAGCAUGUGGAAUAGUGCAUCCUUUAAAACUUAACAUAUUAUAGAGGAGGCAAUAUUCAUGUUGUGACUGAACACGACUGCAGUUGGAUAUGGCGAAUACUCUGGAGAGAGAGAUUCUGGAGCGGGAGCUCCGUCCACGGCUGUGUUAUUUGACUAAAGGAGAUCGUGGGUACGGAUUUCAUCUGCACGGCGAGCGCAACCGAGGAGCGCAAUACAUCCGCAAGAUCGAGCCGGGCUCCCCCGCUGACCUGUCCGGUCUCAGAUCCGGCGACCGGGUGGUGGAGGUGAACGGAGAGAACGUGGAGGGAGAGACGCAUCACCAGGUUGUUCAGAGGAUCCUGGAGGUAGAGCACCGCACCAGGCUGCUGGUGGUGGACCGGGUCACAGAAGAGUUCCUAAAGUUUCACGGUCUGCCGUGUACAGAGGAUAGAGCGAUUGAGAUGGGCUCUCUGUCUGCUCGCUCCUCUGCGGCGUCCUCUCCUCGCGCCUCUCCGCGACACCCCGCCACGCCUCCCUACAGCAGACAGAGCUCAGAGGGCAUUUUCAUUAAUAAGAGUCCCAGCAGCACUGGAGGAGUGAUGAACGGCUCUCCGCUCUACAGAGCUCAUGCCCGUCUGGCGUCGCCUGUGCUCCGGUCUCCGACGUCCCCCUGUGAACCCAAGACUGAACUGGAGCCUGAACCCUUCACCGAACUCUUCACCGAACUCACCAUCGAAUCCAGCGUCACACCCGAGAUUGAACCCGUCUGUGACCUCAGCACUGACCUCAGCACAGCACAGACCAACACACAGGAGGAGGCGUCAUCGGAGGCGGACGUCGUAACAAAGGACUUGCGUCCCCGCCUGUGUCACAUGACCCUAGGCGAGCAGGGCUACGGCUUCAACCUGCACUGCAAAAAGUCCCGCGUGGGUCAGUUCAUCCGCUCGGUGGACCCCGACUCUCCAGCGGAGCACGCGGGACUGAGGCCAAAAGACCGGCUCAUCGAGGUGAACGACACAAGUAUUGAGGGUCUGCGUCACGCUGAGGUGGUGGAGUUGAUCCGGGCCGGCGGCAGAGAGACCCGUCUGCUGGUGGUCGAUCCGGAGACAGACGAGCUCUUUAAUCGGCUGGGAAUCGUGCCCACAUCUACUCAUCUGAAAGAGGACUGUGUGGACGGACCGAUCAUAGAGGGUCCCGAGACGACGUGUCCGACCACAGACAGCCCUGUCUCUGCUUCACCCGUCCCAGAAGCCCCCAGGAUCUCUCCACCAAUCAUCAACAUCACACUGACAGAUCCACCAAUCACAAACGGCUCUCCGAGACACCAGAGUCAGAGGAGCUCGUCUUCUCGAUCCACUUUAUCAGAGACGAGCGCUGAACUCAGCAGCUUUGACACCAGCAACAGGCUCACAGAUUCUGACCAUCAGUCCAGCGAUGAUGCCCGCAAACCGAACCAAGAUGUGAAAUCUGAGGAGCGGCGGCUAGAUCCCUUCUGGGAGAGCGGUCUGGAUCUGAGUCUGACCGCGGCGGAGGCCAAGCAGAAAGCCCGGGCCAAACGGGCCAAUAAGAGAGCGCCCCCUAUGGACUGGAGCAAGAAACAGCAAAUCUUCAGCAACUUCUGAGGAGCGCAAACACUUCUGAAAGUUCAAACGCCACCAACACACAGACCAGAUCAAAGACAUGCAUCUUAGACCAGAUUAGAUCAGCCUCCUGAAAUGAGUGAGAUUGUUCAUCUUUUAUGAACGAAUGAGAGAAAAGGUUUGAGUUUGGAUUCAGACCGAUUUGUGUUUUAUGUGCAGAUCUGAAAGUAUGUUUUGGACAUCAUGCUCUGUGUUUAACUGAGCUUAACUUGGCAUUUUAGUAAGUGUUUAACAUUUAGCCAGUUUAUUAUUAUUCAGAUAAUAAUGCACAAGUUCCCUUCUGACAGUCACAUUGAGAACUGCCAUCGCAAUUCUACUCAACAGCUGUUUCUACACUGAGGAAAUGAGGAAGGAAUGAAAGGAGAGUGAGAAAACUUAACCAGAAACCGCAAGAAGGAAGGACAAACUGAAGGCAAUGUGAAAAGAAAGUGUCAUUGCGAUAGUGAAAGUGAACAAAAGAUGAACUCUAACUGUAGACUGAACAUUGAGCUGGGAAGUCAAAGGUUGCAGAAGAAAGUUUUGAUCCAGCACCAUCAGAGAAUAAGAACAGUAAGUUGUGUUGGAAGGAUGAUAAGAAGAAACAACUGUAGACGAGAAGGUCAAAGUCCCUUUUAAGACAAGUCAUUUCACUCGGCGGCCAUCUUUGAAACGCCUCUCGGGCAUUCAAGUGCAGCUCCUAUCUCUUUGAAUGGGGAAACAUCAAAUUCUCCAAAGCUGUUUGCCAAGCUUUCGAUUAAAUUUCGUAUUUGAAAUCACCAAUGAAAUCUGACAACAACUGUCUCAUAAAUUUUGUUUCUAAAAGCUCGAAUCAUGACAAAAAACAGUAUUUUUCAGGCUGGAUCAAGCUAAUGCGCAUGUGCAGACCUAAAUGCGUGUCUCUUGUGUCUCAAUUCGGAGGCGCGCGUCUGACUGUUUCUAUAGGAACCGGAGCUUCUAACGGCCGCUGCAAUGACGCGAUGACUUUACCAAUCGGCGAUUGGAUCUUAUUUUUGAAGGCGGGACUUAUUCCACCAUAUUGCGCGUUGCACUUUCUCCCAUUCAAAACAAUACGAGUGACACGUCUUGUGUUAUUCUAUAGUCUUUGAGAAGGUUCAGUCAGAGAUCUUCACACAACACUAUUGGCAGACGUGACUACAAUUAAAAUCUUUUUCUUCCAGGAAACAGGUCAAAAAUAUCAAUGACAUCUUCCAAUUUUCAUCCAAUCAGAUGCUCUCUAGAAUAAACAUAGUGGCUAAUGGCUGUUUUUAUUUUAUUUUUUUAAAGAAUGAGCUCCUACACUAAAAUAAUAUUUAUUUAUUUGUUUUCUUGUCUUGCUUGUUUAACAUUUCUGUGUGAUAUUGAUGGUUUAUUAUAUCACUCAGAGUAUUUACAGACAUUAUAGUUCACCUGGCUGCCAUUAUCAACUCAUUGUAGAUCAAUAUUAACAUUAACUGUUUUUGACCUCAAUCUUUACAUGAAUUUUAAAGUCAAAAGUGAAUUACUGGCUUUAACAGUGCAUUAACACGAGUACAGGAAUCUAGCUAUAUAACAUAUAAUUAUAUAUUCUUAAAACUUAAAGCAAUACAAUGUAACUGAUUACCUUAUAUUUUCAUCUGAGGCAUGUAUUAUGAUUUUAAGUCAAUUUUGUUUCUUGUUAAUGUAUAUAAAAUGUUCUUAUCACCCUCA